UCUUGGAGCUGAGCGUCCUUCAGCUCCCGAGGUGUCGGUGUGCGGUUCGGGUUGAGGCCGCAGGACUGGUGAUGCGCCAGGUGUAACCCUCGCUGUGGGAGUCCUCUAAAUCCAGGGAUAUCUCUGGGAUCCAGCGGGAUAUCGGCACCUCGGUGCCGUCGGCGGGCGAUGGGUGGACAUCUCCACCCCACGGAGAGCCUGCUCUCCACUCAGGCGUGGAGCGGAGCUGAGCUCGGUGGGGGAUCCCGGCUGUAAAAAUGGGCUGGAUCUGAGCGCUUCCCCGGAGUGGGAUUGGGAUGGGAAUGAGGGGCCGAGCUGCCCUUGAAGGCUCAGCUAACGAGGCUGGAUCGUCACGGAGACCUCGGCUGGGAGAACAUCUGUGCCUGAAGCCCCGCUGAGCAGCUCGGGGGGGCUCGGCUGGUGCAUCCCUCUGCACCCCACGGCGUCCCUGAAUGGGAUCCUAAAGGGAUUCACCCCGGGAGAUGUGGGACGGCAGCGCCGGCGCCUCCGCUUUCCACCUGCCCGAGUGGAUGAUCCAGUUUGCCGACCAAAAGCAGGAGUUCAACAAGCGCCCGUCGAAGAUCGGCCGCCGCUCCCUGUCCCGCUCCAUCUCGCAGUCCUCCACAGACAGCUACAGCUCAGCUGCCUCCUACACGGACAGCUCUGACGAUGAGACCUCCCCCCGGGACAAGCAGCAGAAGAACUCCAAGGGCAGCAGCGAUUUCUGCGUCAAGAACAUCAAACAGGCGGAGUUCGGGCGCAGGGAGAUCGAGAUUGCUGAGCAGGAGAUGCCCGCGCUGAUGGCUCUGAGGAAGAGAGCUCAGGGAGAGAAGCCGCUGGCCGGGGCCAAGAUCGUGGGCUGCACUCACAUCACAGCCCAGACAGCUGUGCUGAUGGAGACUCUGGGAGCGCUGGGUGCCCAGUGCCGAUGGGCUGCCUGCAACAUCUACUCCACCCUGAACGAGGUGGCUGCUGCCCUGGCUGAGAGCGGGUUCCCCGUCUUCGCCUGGAAGGGAGAAUCCGAAGAUGAUUUCUGGUGGUGCAUCGACCGCUGUGUCAACGUGGAGGGCUGGCAGCCCAACAUGAUCCUGGAUGAUGGGGGAGAUCUCACUCACUGGAUCUACAAGAAAUAUCCCAACAUGUUCAAGAAGAUCAAGGGGAUAGUGGAGGAGAGCGUGACAGGAGUGCACAGGCUGUACCAGCUGUCCAAGGCGGGAAAGCUCUGUGUCCCAGCCAUGAAUGUCAACGACUCUGUCACCAAGCAGAAGUUUGACAACCUGUACUGCUGCAGGGAGUCCAUCCUGGACGGCCUUAAGAGGACGACGGACAUGAUGUUUGGAGGGAAGCAGGUGGUGGUCUGUGGCUAUGGGGAGGUUGGGAAGGGCUGCUGUGCUGCUCUGAAGGCCAUGGGCUCCAUAGUGUACGUGACAGAGAUCGACCCCAUCUGUGCCCUGCAGGCCUGCAUGGACGGGUUCCGGCUGGUGAAGCUCAACGAGGUCAUCAGACAGGUCGACAUCGUCAUCACCUGCACAGGGAACAAGAACGUGGUGACCAGGGAGCACCUGGACCGGAUGAAGAACAGCUGCAUCGUCUGCAACAUGGGGCACUCCAACACCGAGAUCGACGUGGCCAGCCUGCGCACGCCCGAGCUCACCUGGGAGAGGGUGAGGUCCCAGGUGGACCACGUCAUCUGGCCAGACGGCAAGAGGAUAGUCCUGCUGGCAGAGGGCCGCCUGCUGAACCUGAGCUGCUCCACCGUCCCCACCUUCGUCCUGUCCAUCACGGCCACCACGCAGGCCCUGGCUCUGAUAGAGCUGUACAACGCUCCCGAGGGCCGCUACAAGCAGGACGUGUAUUUGCUGCCUAAAAAAAUGGACGAGUACGUGGCCAGCCUGCACCUGCCGACGUUCGACGCGCACCUGACGGAGCUGACGGACGAGCAAGCCAAGUACCUGGGGCUGAACAAGAACGGACCUUUCAAACCAAACUACUACAGAUAUUGAGUAUUCCUGCCACUGGAUCCCCGGGAACGGCGGGGAACGAGCACCCACGUCUGUUCUCAACUACUGUACAGGAUGACCCCGCGCAAGCUUCCCACGCUCGAGCCGGGCUUGCUCCGUAGUCACCAUGUGUUUUAGGUUAUUUAUUUAUUAAAUUAGGAUACCGUUCAUGCGGCCUCUGCCACUGGUGUUCGUGCUGCCGCGGGACUGGGACACGCUGGAUUUCUUUCCCGUUUCUUUCAUUCUUCUCUUUGGAUUCGUUCUCUCUCGGGGCUGGGAGGAUGAGGAAGGAGCUGGUGGGAUCGAGCCUGGAAUGGCCCGUUAUCGCUGCUGGAGCCACGGAAAUCACACGUUGGUUCCCCCCACGCCCCAGCGCCUCUUCCAGCGGCGCAGGAUCCCGGGAUGGGUUUGCGUUUCUCCUGCUGUCGGAUGAUGAAGCCAAAACACCUCCUUCGCUCCAGGCUCUGGCAAGGCCGGAGCCGCCCCCGUGGAUCCCUCUGGAGAAGCCUCUCGUCGUGCUGUGGAACUUUCCGAGGGCUGGUGCCCCCAGCCCUUCAGAGGACGUCGCCUUAGCGCUGCUGGAAGCUGUGGGGAAGGGUCCGGGCAGGGAGAGCCCCGGGCAGGGCUGGCCGGGCGGGCAGAGCCAGCGCCGCUCCCUCAGCCCCCACAGCUCCACAGCGAUUCCUGCUGCUCUCGCCCCCAGUGCCAACCUCUCUGGAUCAACCAAAGCCGUGUUCCCGGGGGGGCUCCCCCUGUGCUGCUGGAGGAGCUCCCCCGGCAGAUGCUGCUCACGCACCGGGAGCUCUUCCCGAUCCAGGCAGAGCUUCCCGGACGUCCCGGCUGGGGGGACCCCUGUCCGCACCGGGGCUUUCUCCAGCUGCAUUUCAGCCCUCACUGGAAGUGUUUGGAGUUUUCUUUUCUGGGUUGAUUAUUUCACUCCUUUAUUUAUGAAUCUGGAAGCCCCCCUGGAGUGGAUGAGACGUCUGGUGGAGGAUCCUCCACGCGGAUUCAGCGUCACUAAAACCCUUCAGUUGCCUCAGAUCUUGAAGUGUCAGAGCUGAGGGGGAAUGAAUUGGCCAUAGUCCCUUGUUUUAUCCCAGGAUGUCCCUCUGGAGUGCUGACACGCUUCCCAAGGUGACUUCCCAAGUCACUUUCAUUAUCCAUGUGGAGAACAUGAUCCUUCUAAAAUAAAACUGCCCGACCCCGUGAGCACAAAACCCUUUAUCCCCCGGUUGCUGCUUUGGUUCCCGAGUCUCUCAUCAGCUACAGAGUCAUGUUUUGUCCUUAUGGGCUUCUUUGCCAUCGUGAAAAACCCUUUUGUGGCAGCUCAUUCACGCACAAGGAAGGAAAAACCGGGGAAUUACGGUCUCGGCAUCCAAGGCCUUCUCGUGGCUCUCAGGGGGUCUGAACUCCGCUUGGUCACGAGCUUUGGAGCAAAUGUUCCAAGUUUGUCUCUGAAAUCCCCCAAAACCUGGAAGGAAAACCUGGGGAAGAACCUUGUGGAGACCUUGGGAAGACCUCGAGGAGGCCUUGGGAGGACCCUUAGGAGACCUUGGGAAGAUGUUAAGGCUUUGAGAAGGCUCUGAGGAGACCUCAAGGCUUUGAGGAGCUUCAUCACAGACUGACCUCUAACCACAGACUUGAAAUAAUCUCUGCCCGCAAGUUUUAUCCAGAUCCUGAGAUUUUUUGGGAAGAGUCCCCUGAGCCACUGGAAAUGUCCCGGAUCUGCCUUGGUCUGUGCCAGCCUCGAGUUCCCGGAGAGGCCCCGCCUGGAAUCUGCUCCCGGCCUGAGUGACAGGGGGUUGUGGGGCCACGUGGGAGCAGCUCCUGGAAGGACAGGUGUCCCAACCGCCCCGGGAAAACCCCUUUCCACCCUCAGGACCCUCCGGAGCAGCUCCUGCCGCUGCUCCUGCGUCCAUCGCUCGUGCCGCAGCCAGGGGUGCUGCUCGCCCACGGAUCCCCCGAGCCCGGCUCAUCUGCCAGGUAGAUAAGAGGGGGAAAACAAAAAUUAUCAGUAAUAAAAUCCCACCUGGCCUUUCCCACCUCGAUUCUCCAGAGACUCUUCUCCGUGUUCUGCUUCUCCUGUAAAGCUUCUUGGCUCGCUUGGCUUUUUCCUAAUCAACCUGGAAUCAUAUCCUGUGAUCAUCUCUAAAUUAAAUGUUAAUGGGCUUUGGUUUCUUUUAUCCUUUUUUUUUUUUUUUUAAAUGUAACGCCUUUUUUUUUUUUCCAAGACUUUAGGAAAAAAAAAGGAGAUUUUAGGUAACACCAGCAAAAUCAUAUAAAAAGGAAAUUUAAUUCUGUCCUGAACUUUUAGGAAUAACAAAGCAAAACCCGUCAUCAGCAGGGAGGGAACGGAACCGUCGCACCCGUAACAUUUCAAAAGGAUGUUUUAAAUAUUAAUGUCUGAGUGAUUGUAUUAGAUCAGCAAUAAAGACUCUGUAAUCUCAAAACACAAAUAAAUCAUGGGAAAACUCA